GAUGAUGCUGCCGGUGGAAAAUGGCUGCUGCAUCCUCGAGCCCAUCCGAAACCAUAUGAAGGUGGACAGAGAAAGACAAGAAAAUGAGAGCAGCGAGCACAAGGAGUGAGUGAAAGAGAGACUGUGUGCGUGCGUAUGUGAGCGAGAGUGUGAGAACGCGCGCGUGUGUGUGUGUGUGUGCGCGCGCGUGUGUGUGUAUGAGUGUGAGAACGCGCGCGCGCACGAGAGUGUGUGUGUUCGGUAAGAAGGGGAAUAAAAAAGACGAGAGACCGGGGGGCAGCCAGCUCGAAGCGGCGGGCAACACCGAGCCAUGGAGGGCGAUGUGCGUGUCCGAGCGGUGGUGAUGACACGUGACGAUUCUAGUGGUGGCUGGGUGCCCCUUGGAGGUGGCGGCCUCAGUCAUGUGGUCAUUUGUAAGGGGCGGAGUUCUGAAGGUCGUGGGCGGAGAGAAUACGUCAUACGUGGAGAACGGCUACGCGAUCGAGCACCUGUGCUGGAAUGCGCCAUUCAAAAGGGUUUGGUCUACAAUAAGGUGAAUCCCAUCUUCCAUCACUGGCGUGUGGAGGAGAGGAAGUUUGGUCUGACCUUCCAAAGUCCAGCUGACGCCAUCUCCUUCGAGAGGGGCCUUCAAAGUGUCCUUGAGAAGCUGGACAGAGGAUCUGACUCGCCAUCCUCAUCGACACCUGAAGAGGGCGACACUGAGGAUGACGGUCAAGCAUCUCAUACAGGGAGUGAGUCGUCAUCCAACAGCAGAAAGGAGAUGCUGCCCAAACCCAUUACCAUUGUGACCAGCGAGUCCUCCUCCACCUGUUUUGUGCGCCCUUCAGAGGAGUUUGCGUACGGGAACAGGACACAGACCCCGGCACAGAUCCACACCCGACCUUCCCAGCACCAGCUCACCCAAGUCACAGCUGUGUUGAACCCUCCGUCGCCCCCUCCACCCCCUCCGGCUCCUCCGACUCCCCCUGCAGCACCCCCUGCUGCCUCUCCCCUCUCUCCGCUUUCGCCCACCAUCUCCCUGCUGGAAGAAGGGGACCUCCGCAGCCUGGACCCCUGCAAGGACUUGUGGGGUACGCGUGGCUAUGAGGACUACCGCCGCGCAGGUGCUACACGGACCAAGGUGGGUGGGCUGACAGGGGGUGUGGUGGUGGGUGGCGGGCAGGAAAAAUCUGAGCUUUGUGUGGUGCGCUUCGAGAAAGAAUUGGCAGGCGUGGGCACCACAGGCUGCGAAGUCACCGUCAUGCUGGACACCAAAGGCUCUCAGCGCAACUCUUCACCCACCUGCAUGCCCAACGCCGUGCCGGGGGUGCCGUCGGCCAGCGGCUCCCCGCAGGAGACGGGCAAAAGCUCACCCUCUCCCUGCUGCAUUCACACCUCACUUGCCACGCCCCGCUCUCGGACUCGCAAGCGAGGGGCUGGCGGAGGGGAAGCCAUCUCCCCUGACGACGACAGCUCCUGCCCGCAGGGCUCCUCCUCGUGCUCGUCGCGCUGCGUGUACUGCCGCUCCGUCUUUAGCGCCUCCGAGAACGGACGGGGCCGCUGCCGGGACGCUCCCGACCCGGCGCUACACUGCCUACGACAGUGGACGUGCGUGUGGUGCGCGGAGAGCCUACUUUACCAUUGCAUGUCGGACUCUGAGGGCGAGUUCUGGGAGCCGUGCUCAUGCGAGGACUCGUUGGGUGGCCGGCCGCACCCGCUAUGCUGUGCCCGCUGGAUGGCGCUGCUGGCGUUGUCUCUUUUCGUGCCCUGCAUGUGCUGCUACCUGCCCCUGCGCGCAUGCCUGCGCUGUGGGGAGAGAUGCGGCUGCUGCGGAGGAAAGCACAAGGCCGUGCGAUGAGGCCUGACUGGGGGAGGGCACGUGGCCAGGGCUUAUUGUGUUGGGGACAGGAGCACAAAGACGAGGAACAGCCGUAGAGCCAGAUCUCCUACAUAAACCUUCAUGAUAAUAUCCUCCCCUCGCUCCCUCCGAGGCCGUCUGCUGCAUUCCGCUCUUUCUGUUCUCUGCUCGGACCCUUCACGCUCGUACCGGCAUUGGGUGGAUGCAUGGGUUCGAGGAGAUUGCUCUCUGAUUUGCUGGUGGUUGGAGUCAGGGGUGGGGAGUGAAUGGGGAUCAGUGACGUGUAAACAAUUGUUAGUUUUCUUUUCUCUUGAGUUUUUUUUAUUUCAUUUUUUUAAUUUAGGGAGAAAAUAUGAGAUGAAAAAUGUUUAUAGCUAUGGUUAUCAGACCUUUUGGAGUAUCUUAUUUUACUUGAACUAUUGAAAGAUAUUUUUUUGCAGUUGAUUUAAUGAACACACUCCCCUUGUACCUCUAAGUUACUGAUUUUUACCUCAAUGUCCAGAGGAGAGGAAGGCAGAUAGAGAAAGAGACACUUAUUUCGGGGGACUGUGUGCUGUGGUGAGGUUUUGUAUAUGGUCUUUGCGAUAGGUUUUUCACGCAUGUUCGACUAGAACAUAUUUGUGAAGGAGAACAUUUUGAUGUCUUGCCACUUUUAGUUGUUCAGGAACAGGGAACGUGAACGGUCUGAUCGAGGGCAGUUUCACCAAAACCACCACUUUCACCACAUGCCGACACACACAUACAUGCUCAUUCUUCUGUCAAGAGUAUAGGAUAGUAUUUUACUUGCCAACAACUGAGAAUGUUGCCUAUAUUUAAAUGUAUAGACCAAAAAAAGUGGAGUGAUAAUCUAGACCUGAAUCUGCCGAACAUUUGCACAGCAAAUGUGACAUGAGGCCUUGAAAUGUAGUUGUACACGCCACCAAAAAUGCAGUGCAAUUAGUUAUUACUCAGAGAGAAGGAUUGUUGUGUGUGACACAACACUUUAUCUGUUAGUAUGGCAACAAGAGAAGUACUCAAUCAUGAACUAAAAUUGGUUACGCUGCACCUCCUGUGUGCUUUUGGGUCAUUUCACCAGAGCAACAAAGUCACAGGACAGUUUGUCUGUGGAGCUGUGCAGGUAGCCCCGCCCACAGUGAAAUCCUAUUGGUUUAAACACCUCAGCUGUGUUCUGAUUGGCUGUGUAACAGUAUAUUUUUGUUCUCACUGUGUACAGGCAAAUGACUUGACACGAAACACUUUUUCCGAUGAAGAAUAUAAAGCAUUUAGACCAAUCAGUUCGAACGCUGCCUGGCAUUAACGGUUUGGACCUCAAAGUGUUAAGAAACAUUGCUUUAAGAUAUCUCAAAGCUGCUACUUCAACGCCCUCUAAACUUGUUUGUACCUCGCUGCUAGUAAAGAGGAGUUAGGGAAUCAGACACAGCCCUGUAGUCAAUUUUUGAGUUUGAACGCCUCCGAAUGAUAUCAGUGACGGGAAAAACGUAUGUCCGAGUUACAGAGGAAUCAGUGUUGUAUUGACUGCUCAUUAGAGUCACUUUAAAAAAAAAUGUUUUUACAGCAGGAUGAACCAUUGAACCAUUCAAACAUAUGUUGUAUAUCAUCGUCCAUUUGGACUCAUUACAGUCCAUCUUCAAAGAUGUGAAAACAUUUUCUCACACUCGCACAUAAUCACUCACUCUUUACGGGCAGAAUAUUAGACAUGAGUAGAGAAACACAAAAGACCCAAAAAUAGCACUGGAGAAAAAAAAAGAGAGAGAGAGAGAGAGAGAGAGAGAGAGAGAAACCCUUGAGGG